AAAUAUAAACCAAAUAAAUAACAACCAUUUUAUAUAAUUGAAUAAUAUAAAAUCCAACAGAUGGAACACACACACACACACACACACUGUGGCAGAUUAGACUGUUAGAUUAGCUCUCGGUGUGUAUAGUAAAGGGGGCGGUGCAACAGGGUCAGGAGGCGGAGUAACUGUGUUGUUCACUAGGUUUUAACUCCGCCCCUCUUUUGUAUCUCUCACACAGCAUGACAUCAGCAUUGUUAGCCGGUUAUUAGCAGUUCAUGGGCGCGCAAUACAAACAUACUGAGUGUUGAGUCUGAUGUGUGAGUUGGAGAUGCGACAUGGAGACUGAGCUGCGAAGCUAAACAUUAAACAUCUGUGUAGAAUUAUGGGCGGGGCUAAUGCAAAUUAGGCUAAUUUAUGACUGUCAAAUCUGGCCUGAUUUAUCAAUCUCUCAGUAAAGUAAGUUCCUCCAGGAUUUAGUGAUUACACAACGUAAAAUCAAGCUAAUUCCUUGAAAUUAGUCCAGCUCUAAUAGAGAGUCAUUACAGACGUGACUCACCGUAGAAUCUUGUGCUUGUGAUUCCAACAAGUCUUUUUCUGCAAACAGAUAACAAAGCACAAAAAACUUAAACAACAUCCAGCACUCCACAAAAUCCUGGAGUGACUGCAGAGUUGUGGGUAAAUACACUAUAUUGCCAAAGUUUUGGGACACCCCUCCAGAUCAUUGAGUUCAGGUGUUGUUUUUCAGGGGUUGGACUCGGCCCCUUAGUUCCAGUGAAAGGAACUCUUAAUGCUUCAGCUUCAUACCAAGACAUUUUGGACAAUUUCAUGCUCUUUGUGGGAACAGUUUGGGGAUGACCCCUUCCUGUUCCAACAUGACUGCACACCAGUGACCAAAGCAAGGUCCAUAAAGACAUGGAUGAGUUUGGUGUGGAGGAACUUGACUGGCAGAGGUCCUGACCUCAACCCCAUAGAACACCUUUGGGAUGAAUUAGAGUGGAGACUGUGAGCCAGACCUUCUCGUCCAACAUCAGUGCCUGACCUCACAAAUGCGCUUCUAGAGGAAUGGUGAAACAUUAAACUUUUAAUGAUCUAAAAAAUGAGAUGUUUGUGAUUAUGGCCAUGAUUCCACAAUAACGUCAGUGUUUUAGCCACAUCAACUCUUUUCUCAUGUUUCAGUAAUAAUUCAGAAGUGAUGAAAGGUUUGGCAGUGCAUGCAGAAGAAAGCAGUAAGAAAUGAUGAAUUUUGUCGUUGCUUGUGGACGGUAGAGUGGACAGUGAUUGCAUUUCGGUGUGGUACAACUGAAACACUGUGUACUAAAAAUUCUGACCAGUGUUCCAUUCUUUACAAAAAGAUAUCGUCACACAGGGGAUGUUGUUUCACCUGAAUGACAAAUCUUCUCGGUAACUGACAUCUGACUCCAGCCCUGACUCCUGCCCUGAUUCCAGCCCUGACUCUAGCCCUGACUGCUGCCCUGAUUCCAGCCCUGACUCUAGCCCUGACUCCUGCCCUGACUCCAACUCCUGACUCCAUCCCUGACUUGAAUCCUGACUCCAUCCCUGACUCCUGCUCUGAUUCCUGCCCUGACUCCAGACCUGACUCUAGCCCUGGCUCUAGCCCUGACUCCGCCCCUGAAUCAAGCCCUGACUCCAGCCCUGACUCUAGUCCUUAUUCAAAUCCUGACCUCAGCUCUGAUUCUAGUCCUGCUCAUUGGCCUGAAUAUAAAAGCCUGUGAUCUGGAGUUUCUUAUACACUCCUGAAUUCACUCUGGAGUAAAAGCUAUCUGCUCUCUUCCACAUACAUGAGCUCACCUGUGAUUGGCUAGUGUCACUAUGAUUGACAGAUGCCCCUCCCACCCAGAGAGCACAGUUUCUUUCACUUCCUUGGCUCAUGAUAUCGUCAUGAUUUAAACUCACGCUGUUUUAUUGGAUAUAUAACAACUAUUCUUAAAAAAAAAUGUAUAUAUUUAAAAAUAUUCUUCUUGCUCUUUGCUACUUAGCUGAUGAUUUAUAACACAAAUGUGAAACUGACAGAAAAUGUCAUGUUUUCUUAGCCAAUACAUUCAUAUUCACAUGCAACGUCUGGUCGUGAGUCUGAAAUGAGGUGUACGUGAAAGAAAACUGCAUUGUUUUGAAAAAUGUUUGUUUUUGUAGUUUUUGAGGUGAUUUGUUUUUCACAGGGGGCGGAGUCAGUUUUGGGAGGUUCAAGGGUUUCAGUGUUUGUAAUUGCACUUUCAGUUCACCUCACAGACAGAAGAGGGCUCUGAAAAUGACAUACUGCUGCUUUAACCAGAGAGAGAGCGCUAAAAAGGGAAACAGAAAGAGGGAGUAUGGGGUUAAUAAAAUCCCUCGUUUCAGAUACCAUCAGCAAUUUUCUUUCAGUCGUUCCUGAAUAACUUGUUUGGCCUGAGCGAUAUUUUCACAUUUUUUCCCUUUUUAAAUCUGUUAUUAUUUCUUUUCUCAUUUGCCACAUAAGCUGUCCAUCCCUUCAUCUCUCAAUCUCCUCCUUCCUCCCUCUCUCUCUCUCUCUCUGUCAGACGUGAACACUCACACUAGAUCGCUCGGUCUCCCGCUCUCCCCCUCCCUAGUUCCCCAUCCUCACUCUCUCUCUCUCUCUCUCUCUCUCUCUCUCACACACACACACAAACACACACACACACACACACACACAUUACACACACACACACACACCCUAUCAGCAGAAGGUGCUGGCAGUAGCAGCAGAGGAAGAAGGGAUGCAGGCGUGUGAAUGAGUACGCGUCCUCCUUCAGUGUGGAUUUACUGAACAAAAGAGGAGCAGCGUCUCUCUUUUUAUUUCAGCCUCCAUCUUUUUUCUCCUCCGUCUCUCAUCCUUCGGCUUGCUGGUGCUGGUGGUGCUGGUGGUCUUGUUUUUCGAGGCUGGAGGAGGACGGAGGACGAGUGCCCCUGCCUUCUGUUUCUUGCUUCACGUUUGCACUCGCUCAGUGUUUUUCGAGGUCGCCUCCUUCCCGAGGAUUGCACUCAUUUUUUUCGUGUUCUCUCUUUCCCAGCGGAGGCCUUUUGUCUCGGUGCGGCGUUGAACGGAGCUAUUGUUGGACACGCAGGCCUCGCACUGCUCUCUCUCUCUCUCUCUCUCUCUCUCUCUCUCCGCAGUAUCCUUCCCUCCCUCCCUCCCUCCCUCUUACUCCAUCCUCUCAUUCCGAGGCACCUUGCUUAAAUCCAGUAUCCAUCCUUCUGUCCAUCAUUCUUAAUGUGUGUUCUGCGGAGCGUGUAUCCCGAUGUUUGGCUUCGGGUCGUCCGGAUUGGCUCAAGCCGAGCCUGUGCGUCGAUCCUAGUGUGUGUGUGCGAGUGUGUGUGUGCGAGUGUGUGUGAAGAAACCAUGCAUCUAGCCUGAUGCCAGGACCGGGGUGCCCCAUUCCAAUGUGGGAGGACUAAAGCGUCACAUCUGCACCCCCCCUUCCUCCCUACCCCCUUACCCCUCUACCCCCUUUCUCCCUCACCCCCUUUUUGCCCCUUUCCCAUCCCGUCCCCUCCAACGCAACGAUGAAGAAAACACGCAACCUGCGGCGGGCAUGGCCCGGUCCGGACGGACCCGAUUUGGGCUCCGAUCGCGACAAGGACUACCGGCUCCACAAGCACUUCCCCCCUUCUCUCCCCCCUCUUGCGCCCUACAUCGCUCAAGGUGACGUGUCCCCCAUCAGCAUGUCUCCGAUCAGCCAGUCUCAGUUUAUUCCGCUCGGUGAGAUUCUGUGUCUGGCCAUUUCAGCCAUGAACUCAGCACGCAAACCUGUUACACAGGACGCCCUGAUGGAGCACCUGACCACCUGCUUCCCAGGUGUGCCCACACCGAGUCCGGAGAUCCUGCGUCACACACUCAACAUGCUUGUUCGAGAGCGGAAGAUCUACCCCACACCUGAGGGCUACUUCAUCGUCACACCUCAAACUUACUUCAUCACUCCUUCCCUCAUUCGCACCAACAGCAAAUGGUACCACCUGGACGAUCGGCAGCAGCAGCAACAACAGCAACAGCAGCAGCAGCAGCAACAACAACAACAGCAACAACAACAACAGCAGCAACAACAGCAACAACAACAACAACAGCAGCAACAGCAGUGUACAUCACCGCAGUCUGGCACAAUCACCCCUUCCACAUCGGGCUGUGUGCGUGAAAGACUAAACCACAAAAACCACUGCGAUUCGUACAACUCCUACCGCGACGAGGUGCCUAGCAAUCACACCACGCUUCAAAGGAAGUCACCGAAAGAACCUAAAGGAGAUCCUCCCUCAUACCCACAGCCCCCACCUCCUCCGGCAACCACGCAACACCCAUCAGAUCCAGACAAGAGUAGGACCAAUCCUUCCUUUACAUAUAAGACAGACACGUUGACCAAGAAGAAGGAAGGGAGUACGGGGGGUAGCAGCGAAAGGCAAUCAAAAAAGUUUGGGUUGAAGCUUUUCCGCCUGAGCUUCAGGAAAGACAAAACAAAGCAGCUGGCAACCUUUUCCGCACAGUUUCCACCGGAGGAAUGGCCUCUGAGGGAUGAGGACACACCAUCUUCUGUUUCCAUCCCCCGCGAGGUGGAGAUGGAGAUCAUCCGGCGCAUCAAUCCAGACCUGACAGUAGAAAACGUGGCACGCCAUACAGCAGUGAUGAAGCGUCUAGAGGAGGAACGUGCCCAGCGCUGUAAGGCAAAUUCAUCCGCUCAGCACAGUGCCCGAAGCCGUCGCAGCCGAGGUCACCGUCGUGUCCCACAUGGAAAAUCACGCUCGCAUAGUAAGACUCGUGCCUCUCGUGGCGAUCCAUCUGAGGGCUCCAAUCUUGACCUGGCAGCGGUUGGAUUGGAUAGGGAUUAUAGAUUCUUCAGUCAGUCACUGGUGCGCUCACCUAGGGAGGGGAUGUAUACAGUAGAGCGUAGGAGUGGCGCUGCCUACCUCGUCCACAGCAACCCUAACAUUGCUGAAUCGUAUUUCCCAGUUACCCCAGAAUGGGAUGUAUCAGGAGAACUAGCAAAGAGGCGGACAGAAAUGCCAUUCCCAGAGCCUUCACGUGGGACUUCCCAUUCCAGAGUGCAUCGGAGUCACAGCCACACACAGGACCGCAAAUCUCGGAAUGAACGGACGGAUAAAGCCAAGGAAAGAUCACGAUCCAUGGACAACUCCAAAGGUCCACUGGGAGGUGGAAGCUCCCUGUUAGGCCCUCCUGAAGACUACGAUCGGAGUCCGGACCACCGAAGCCGCUACUACACCGACGAUGGGACGCUAAGGGCCUCAUCACAAAAAUCGUCCCACUAUUCACGCAUUAUGUUUUCGGCUGCCAAGUUCAGCUCUGAGAUAUCUGUUCCUGAUAUGGGCAAGAUGAACCUUGACACUCCUUUGGAGCGAAACAAGAGCAGGGACAGCCUGCCAGCCUACAGCGACAUGAAGGCCCUGUCGCCCAAGCCUCUGGCAGAUGACUACUUCCAGUGCAAUACGUCGAAUGAAACAAUCCUAACUGCCCCGUUACCACUGGGCAAAUCUGACCACGACACUUUAACGCCAUCAGACGGAAUCUGCAAGGGAUCACCGGCUGAUCGGCAGACGCCACACCUCACUUCCCCUCAUCCCAUGGAGUACAAAGAGGAUGCUUCAGCCUCCAAGGGACACAACGGAUCUGGUAAACCCACGCCAAGCCAGACUCCAGAGCCCAAUUCUAGUGGACGUUUAAUACAGCAUCAGCAACACAAUGCUGACCCUGGGGGAGGAGGUGGAGGUGGCAGUGGUGUGAUGGUGGAUAAGAGGAAAGAGAUUUUCAGCAAGGACACUUUGUUCAAACCACCACACAGCAUCUUGACAAUGAGCUACGUUGACACUGGCUACUCCAAGUCAGGCACAUUGCGAAAGACGCCGCACAUGAAAUCAGCUGAGGUGCUUGACACUUUAGAACCCCAGCCUCCGCCCAUCUCUGGCCCUUCACCUGCAUCUGCCCCAGCGCCUACAGGUCCGGAACAGGGAAUCCCGUCUACAUCAGAGGCCGCCUUUGACUACUACAACGUGUCGGAUGACGACGACGAGGAGGUGGAGGAAGCCUCUCAUAAAGAGACGGCUCCACCAGAGGGAAAGGUUAGGACCGGGGGAGGAGAGAGUGGUGGUGGUGGUGGUGGAGUCAGUGUUGGGGGUGGGGUUGGGGGUGGGACUAUGCAGUGGCUGCUGGAACGAGAGAAGGAGCGUGAUCUACAGAGGAAGUUUGAGAAUAACCUGACUCUGCUGAGCCCCAAGGAGAACGAGAACACCAACAGCCAGAAGUCUGCGCACUCAGCACGCCUGGACAGUAUGGACAGCAGCAGUGUGACCGUAGACAGUGGCUUCAACUCACCACGGACCCGGGAAAGUUUGGCGUCCAACACCUCGAGUAUCGUGGAGAGUAACCGGCGGCAGAAUCCGGCGCUGAGUCCGGGUCACAUGGGCAGCUCCCUGAUCGGCGCUCCCUUCUCCUUCCGCUCCGUGGCCGAGGCUCCGAGCACGCAGGCCGAGAAACUGCAGAAACCCAACAACUGCCUCGCCUCCAUCACCAGCGUCUGACCCGGCUCCAGGAGACACACGCAAAAAACACACAAAACGCCAGGGCCGAGAAUAAACACGAAACAAACACAGACAAAUAAAACGAACGCUCGGGCCGUGACAAGCACCUCAAACCUCCACGGGGACUGUUAAACCCAACAGGUAUGGCUUCCACUGACUGUUCUACAGCAUCGCAACAAAUCACUGCAAAAAAGAAGAAAAAAAAAAACAAAAGAAGGAGAAAAAAAUAGUCAAAAAGGAAAUGAAUCAUGAUUUAUCUCAAUCAGGAAAUAAUUCUCCAGUUAUUUUCAUAACCCGGGAUAGUCUCGAAGUAUCUGCUCAUGUUUUAUUUUUUUCGUUUUGUUUUUGUUUGUUUGUUUGUUUUUGUUUUUCUCCGAGUAAUAAUUGUUGUUUUUUGUUUUUGUUUUUUUUCAUCCUGCUGAUGGAUUGCACUCUGACGUGAGGAUCCCUUUUACACUCUUAAAGAGAUCAACAAUCCGAAUGUCACACGGAAGAAAAGCCGCUGCCAGAAUCUCCACAUUAAAUUUCACGAUUCAUAAAUAAAAAUUUUUUAAAAAAGUUGUAUGAUAAAAAAAAACACACCCAGAGAGAUAAAGUCAUUCCUCAUGACGGCGUUAGCUCUGUUGAUAAAGUAAUAAGAACUGGAGUCAUACUUUUCAUAUUGCUUAUUAAAAAAAAAGAAAAAAAAGAAAGAAAUAGUACUUAGAUUGACUUAUUAUAAAAGAAAAAAAACACAAACUUAUUCUGAAAUUAAAGGAUUCAUUUAGGGUUUAAAAAAAAUCACGAGGACUGUUGACUUUUUUUUUUGUUUGUUUUUGUUUGUUUCCUUUUUCAGUUGAAAAUCCCAGACGAGGCAAAGUGUGUAACGUGUGUGACUGUACAUCACUUAACGAAUUUACCUGUUUCAUUAAAGUUUCUAUCUGACAUUUAA